AUGGCGAAUCCUCGGAAAUUUAGUGAGAAAAUAGCUCUCCAUAAUCAAAAGCAAGCAGAGGAAACGGCUGCUUUUGAAAAAAUUAUGCGCGAAGUUUCCGAUGCAACCAAUAAGGUUAAUUCAAGUAGCCGACGAGCAAGAGUAAUACCUCCACCUGAACCUGUAGAAAAUGUUGACUCUUCUCUAAGGCCUACACAACAGACUCUCGGCACUUAUCGAAGCGGCUCUCUCCCUAAUGUAGCAGCACCACAGCCGCCUACCACUGAACCAGAAAAUAUUAAGCCUGAAGAAACUACUCUAGCAGCUCAAUAUGGAAUGGGCGGGGGCCGUAGUGGAGGCACUUCCCCUUCACGAGCACCAGUGCAAAGAGGUCGAGCUUCUUCCUCUGUUGGGCCGAUGCGAAGGCCCGCUGAUCGAAAACAUGACACCAGCCCAUAUGGCAGUACUGUCUAUUUGAGUCCGCCGCCGGACAGCAACUGGCGGCGCACGAACUCUGACUCUGCGUUACACCAGUCGUGCGGCGGCGAGCAGCAGCCGGUCGCACAGCCGCUCUCCCCCCACCAUCCGCUGCACUCGCACGCACAUCCACAUCUACAUCCGCACCACAACCACCGCAGAGCACCUGACAUCCAUCUAGAUAUGCUGACAUCUCUUGGCAUGAAUCCCACAAAUCGCCCACGGUCAUCAUGUGAAAUUCCUAGGAUACCAAAUAAUAACAACGUGUACGAGAGCGGGGGCGACGGCGGGGGCGGCGGCGGCGGCGGGGGCGGCGGCGGGCUGGCGUGCGGCGAGCUGCAGGUGCCGGGCGGCUCGCUGCCCGACCUCACGUCCGUGCACUACCCGCCGCACUCGCCGCACUCGCCGCACUACGUGCACCGCGCCUCGCCCGACUACCACCAGCCCAGAUAUAGCCCGACGUCGCCGGGCGCGGUGUCCCCGGGCGGCGGCAGCGUGUCCCCGGCGACGGGCGGGCUGUCCCCGGCGUCCGGGUCGCCGGUGGGCGCCACGGUGCCGCUCGCGCUGCAGCCGCCGCACGCGCCGCCCGCGCUGCAGCCGCUGCACUCGCACGACGCGCCGCUCUACGACGCGCAGAAUCACUUAUCUGUACCAAACACAAAUAAUUACCUUCAUCAUAAUAAGAACAUGUCGCCGUUAGAUCACAAUUGGAUAACGUCAAGUUAUCAGUCAAACUGUAGUCCGCCCUCGCAAUAUUCUUCCACGUCAAACAUAAAUAUACCUUCACCCACAAUGGUGCACAGUCCAGGCAGUCCUGUAGAGUCGCCGCAGACCGACUACAACAAUCUGCAUCAAGCACUCCUACAACCCUUUGAGCAAAUUACAAUGGACUGGGCGCAGCUGGUGCAGAGUCUCGUGGAGUCGGGAUGGACCGCGCAUGUUCAAGUCCCGGACAAUUUGGACCCUCCCACGUCGAGUUACAACACGAACUAUAUAAAUCAUAGUUCACCUCAUUCGCCUCAGACAACAAACACGCAGCACAUAUAUUCUCAGGCGCACGUGUCGCACGGGGGGCACGGGGGGCACGUGUCGCACGGGGGGCACGGGGCGCACGGCGCGGGCGCGGGCGCGCGCGACCCGGUGGCGGGCGGCGGCUACCCCGCGCUGCAGCCGCUCGCCUCGCCCUCCGCGCCCGCCACGCCCGCCACGCCUGCCACGCCCGCCAGCAUACCCGACAUCAUACUCACAGAUUACUCGGGUGAGCUAGACGCGGGCAUUUUCGGCGGAGAGGAAGCGCAGCUUCGAGCUGGCCUGGAUUUGGACGACCUCACCUUAUUAGAAGAGCCCAGUGCACUUCUGCCCGACUCGGCGGUAGAACAUGAAUUUCGACUGGACCGCUUGUAG